CCCCGCCCUCCCCAACGGCCGCCCGAGCGCGGCGGAUUCAAACCGGGUCUCGAACCGGGCCGCGGGAGCCUCGCCCUCCCUCCUUCCCCGGCCGAGCGGCUGGGAGAGUGGGACAGGGACAAAGACCGGGAAGCACUGGCCUUGCUGCGCCUGUGUGAUGAUGAAAGAUAUGGCAUUCUCAGGCCUGGAAGAUUUAUGCAUCCACAUCAAUACAAAGAUUUCAAAUGUCAAAGACUGUAUCCAAAUGAGACACAUAGGUGAACAUGAAUCCUACAAGCCUGUGCUCCAUAAAAUACAGAAUGAGAUGUACCUUGUACAUGAUCUCCUGGAUAAAAUGGAAAUUAUAGUUAAAGAGCAAGAAAAACUGAAAGAUUUGCUAAAAGAGAUCCAGAAGACUGCUGAGAGAGAACAAAAAGAAGCACAUCACCUCCUUGAACACAUUCCACCUUACCUGCCUAAACCAACCAACAGCUGCGUCAUGGUGCCAAGUGAGAAACAGGAAGGACAGAAAAAUGCUGUAGAACCUAAGCGUGAAAAGAAGCCUGGAAAAAAGGCAAUAGCCAUUAAAGAAGUGGCAUUAAUAACCACAGAGGAGUUUGAAAGUCUUCCUGUGUAUCUGAAAGGCCGUAUGGCACAGGAUCAGAUUAAUGCAGUUGUUCAAGAGAUAAACAAGGCCGUGGUGGGCAAGUACAAGAUCUUGUACCAGCCUUUGAAGUCUAUGAGUGCAUCAGUCAAAAACCUCUACUACAGGUUCAUGGAAGAAGAAACUAAGGACACAAAAGGACAGUAUUUUAUUGUGGAGGCUGAUCUCAAGGAGUUCACUGAGCUGAAGCUGGAUAAGCGUUUCUACAGCAUCCUCAACAUCCUGAGGCACUGCCAGAGAGUGAAGGAGCGCCGGAGCUCGGGCUUCAUCCGCUACAUCAUCUGCUAGCCUGCUCCCCGUGCCUGCCCGCCCAGGAGAGAGACCUGCCACCCGUGCUCCUGUCCCCAGACAGCAGGGACUGCUUUCCAGGAGGGCUGUUUAAGUGUUUGAGGAAUUUUUGUGAAGCCAAGGGGAACUCAGACCCAAACCAGAAAGGCAGCUGGGCACAGGCAGUUAAUCACAUUUUCUGGUCAGCACAGUUAUAAAGUAAAAUAGAGUUCUCUGCAUGUUAA